AUGCCACGUCACCAAUCUGUGCCAUGCUGGCAGGCAGCGGUGCGGGCUCUCCUCCUCCAGGGGCUGGUGGACGAGGAGCCCAAGGUCCAGUCAGCUGUGGGCCUCGCGAUUGCACACGUGGCAUCCUGUGAUUGGCCGGAGGUGUGGCCGGAGCUGAUGGAUCAUCUCAUGGCCGCCCUGGCCGACACUGCUCACCCCAACAGAGUGGCAGCGGCAGUGGAGUGCCUGUCGCUAUUUGCAGAGGAGAUUGAUGACACACAGCUGCCUGCGCUUGUGCCCAAGCUCUUCCCACCCAUCUUCGCCAUCGUUUCCAACCCCAACCAGGCGUACCGCCCAUCGGCGCGCAGGGGCGCUCUGAGCGUGCUGAGAGCCACCGUGGCCACCCUGGGCAUCAUGAGCGCUGUGUACCAGGAGGAGAGCAAGGCAAUCAUCAGCGAGUCGCUACCUGCGUGGGUGGCGCAGUUUGCUGCCAUCCUCUCCUCGCCUCUCUCACAACACGACCCCCAAGACUGGGGCAUCAGGAAAGAGGUGCUCCGCUGCUUGACUCAGCUCAUUCAACAUUUCCCUGCGCUGUUGGAAUCAACAAUGCCAGGCAUCCUAGCAGCACUGUGGCAGAGCUAUGUGUCAGGCAUCCCUCUGUAUGAGCGACUGCUGGUGGCUGGACUGCCGCUCCUGCCCCCCGCUGCUGCUGCAGCCGGGGAUGCAGGGGCAGCAGGGGUAGCUGCCAGCAGUGACAAUGCACAGGCAGGAGCGGGGGCAGGGGGAGCAGCAGAGGGAGGUGGGGAUGGAGGAGAGGGGUAUGAGUCAGCAGCAGACGAGCUCUCUGCGCUUGCCAUUCAGGCCUUUGAGUUCCUCCUGACACUUGCAACCAACUCCAGAUUCCAGAAGGGGCUGCAAGGUACAACAGAGGCGCUGGUCUACUUCGCCAUAGCCUACAUGCAGAUCACCGCAACUCAGGAGGAGGAGUGGCAGCGUGACACUAACGAGUUUGUCUCAGAGGAGGACGAUGAGGCCAUCAGCUGCCGCACCUCCGCUGCUGCGCUGCUGGAGGAGCUAGUGGCGGAGUUCAAGGAUGAGGCAGUGCAGGGCAUAUCCACGGCGGUGCAGAGGCGGCUGGGAGACACGGUGGUGAACCCCACAGAGCAUGCUCCCGCGUGGUGGAAGUUGCGUGAGGCAGCCAUCUUUGCUGCUGGUUCAGUUGCCGACACGUUUCUUCAGUACGAGAUGGAGGGCAAACCAGUCUUCGACUCAAAGGCCUUUCUCGAUGCUCUGCUCCUGCAUGAUCUGGGCCCAAAUGGAGCAGUCAACUUCCCCUUCCUCUAUUGUCGCUGUCUCUGGGCUGCUGCUAGGUUCGCCUCUGACGCACCGACAGAGAAGAAGGUGCAGCUGCUGCGCGUGGCUGCAGAGGCUCUCAGCCAGGACAGGCCGCUGGUGAUCCGCAUAGGGGCGUGCCGAGCGCUGUCGCGCCUGGCGCCCAACAUGCAAGCGGAGGACCUCAGGCCCGUGCUGCCCGCCAUCUACACCGGCAUCAGCCACAUGCUGCCCGAGGUAUCGGAUGACACGCUUCAUCUCGCCCUUGAGCUGCUCACUGCUGUCGUCCGUUCAGACGCGGAGGUGACAGCACAGAUGGAGCCGGUGGUAACAUCGGCGCUGCUGGGCAUAUGGGCGGAGCACGUGAACGACCCGGUGAUCAGCUCUGAUACCAGUGACGCCCUCGAGGCCAUGGCCGACCUCCCUGCCUGCAUCGACUCCAUUUUGCGCAAAGCCAUCCCCCCUCUCUCCACCAUUUUCUCCAAGCCAGAGGAGCAACCCAACGGUUUGGUGGCAGGAGGCAUGGAGCUGCUGACAAUGCUUCUCAAGCGCACCCCCCCACCGCUGGUGCGGCCAGUGUUCGAUGCGCUGUUUGCACCGCUAGCAGCAGUGGUGCUGCAGUCAGACGAUCACACGGAGCUGCAGAACGGGGCGGAGGCGCUGGCCAUGUUUGUGCGCAAGGGAGGGGAGGAGCUGGUGGCUGGCAGUGCUGACCCCGAUGCCACCAUGAAGACCCUGCUCGAUGCUGCCGCCAAGCUUCUAAGCCCACAGCUGGAGCCGUCAGCAUCCCUCUUUGUGGGGCCACUGUUGGUGCAGCUGAUCCGCCGCGUGCCCUCGCGCAUGGCACCGCACCUGCAGGCGCUGGUGGCGGCCAUCGUGCACCGCAUGGCUGCCAAGCGCAUGCCCUCGCUCUCCGUCUCGCUUCUACUGGUCUUUGCUCGACUGGUGCACUGGGCAUCACCGGACGUGCGCCCGCUGCUAGAUCUGCUCUCAUCGAUGCCCCUGCCCGGCCACCCAUCGGCCCUCCACUUCCUGCUCUCCGAAUGGGCCAUGUACCACAGGGACAUACACGGGGUGUAUCACAGCAAGGUGGCGUCAGCAGCGCUGGCGCUGCUGCUGGCCUCACGGGACCCGCGCCUCCUGCAAGUGCCCGUGCAGGGCCGGCUGGUGGCGACGUCCAAAGGCGUUGUGACUCGGUCGCGAGCACGAGUGGUGGCGGACAAGUGGACAGAAAUGGCGUUUCCAGCCAAGGGCCUGUCACUGCUGGCGGGAGUGUUGCUGGAGGCAAAGGAGGAGGGCGAGCAGGCAGAUGCAUUGAGAGGGGAUGGAGACAUAGACGAGGAGGACGAGGAGGGAAGUGAGGAGGAGGGGGGGCACGGCAAGGGAAGGGAGGGGCUGGAUGCAGGCCUGCCACCAGUGUUUGCUUCAGCUGAGCUCUUCUCCCACCUGCUGGACCAAGAGUUUGGUGAGGAUGCAGGGGAUGACGACGGCGAUGCUCAAGACGACCCACUCAACCAGAUCAACCUGCCUGUACUAAUUGCUGACGUCAUCAGACAGCUGGCAACUCAAGAUCCAACAACCAUGGGGACCAUGGCUGAAGUCCAAGAGCAUCUAAAGGCGCUUAGCCGAGACUAUGUGUGCGAACCGUUCCUAGAGUAUCGAACCGUGUCUGGUGUCGCUGGUCCCUUGGUCAUUUUGGAAAAAGUGAAGGGUCCCAAGUUCCAGGAGAUCGUCAACUUGAGGCUCGCGGAUGGAGAGAUUAGACGAGGUCAAGUUCUUGAGAUCGAUGGAGACAAAGCCGUUGUUCAGGUCUUCGAGGGGACCUCUGGCAUUGAUAACAAGCAUACGACAGUCGAGUUCACUGGCGAGGUGUUGAAAACGCCCGUGUCCAUCGACAUGCUUGGUCGCAUUUUCAACGGAUCUGGCAAACCCAUUGAUGAUGGGCCUCCCAUUCUUGCCGAAGCAUAUCUCGACAUUGCCGGCAGUUCCAUCAACCCCAGUGAGCGAACAUAUCCCGAAGAAAUGAUCCAGACGGGUAUUUCGACCAUCGACGUCAUGAACUCGAUCGCUCGCGGACAAAAGAUUCCCCUCUUUUCCGCCGCUGGUCUUCCACACAAUGAAAUUGCCGCACAGAUUUGUCGGCAAGCAGGCCUUGUGAAGCCGUUGGAGAAGAAGGAUGAUCUGCUGAAGGACGAUGAGGAAGAUAACUUCGCCAUUGUGUUCGCCGCUAUGGGAGUUAACAUGGAGACUGCUGCGUUCUUCAAGCGAGACUUCGAAGAGAAUGGCUCAAUGGAGCGUGUGACGCUUUUCCUCAACCUGGCCAACGACCCUACCAUUGAGCGCAUUAUUACUCCUCGUAUUGCGCUUACAACCGCUGAGUACCUUGCCUACGAGUGUGGGAAGCACGUGCUUGUGAUCUUGACGGACAUGAGUUCAUACGCUGAUGCGCUUCGUGAGGUUUCUGCUGCGCGUGAGGAAGUGCCUGGGCGUCGUGGUUACCCUGGUUACAUGUACACUGAUCUUGCGACCAUUUAUGAGCGUGCUGGGCGUAUUGAGGGUCGCAAGGGCUCCAUCACCCAGAUUCCUAUUCUGACCAUGCCUAAUGACGAUAUCACUCACCCUAUCCCCGAUCUUACUGGUUACAUUACGGAGGGACAAAUCUACAUUGACAGACAGCUGCACAACAGACAGAUUUAUCCUCCGAUCAACGUGUUGCCGUCUCUGUCUCGUCUUAUGAAGAGUGCUAUUGGAGAAGGGAUGACCCGCAAGGAUCAUGGUGAUGUCUCCAAUCAGCUCUAUGCCAACUACGCCAUUGGUCGUGAUGUGCAAGCCAUGAAGGCUGUUGUUGGAGAAGAAGCUUUGUCAUCUGAAGAUCUGCUUUACUUGGAGUUCCUGGACAAGUUCGAGCACAGAUUCGUCACCCAGGGAGCCUACGAUGCUCGUGACAUCUACCAGUCUCUGGAUCUCGCAUGGACCCUUCUGCGCAUCUUCCCCCGCGAGAUGCUUCGUCGUGUAUCACCCAAGAUCCUGGAUGCCUUCUACAGCCGUGACUCGGACCACUGA